UACCGCUCACGUAUGCCCAUUCACUUCGCCCACGUGGUGUGUGACGAGGGGCACAUUAUUAAGACGAUCAAGACGCGUGCGCACCAAAGUGUGCGUUCAUUGAAUACGGACUCCGUCUGGUUUCUGACCGCUACCCCGCUCGUCAACAACACGCGAGAUAUCUUCGGAUACCUCGCUAUCCUGUAU